AUGAUCGGCCCUCUGUUGGCACUUGUAUUCGAACUGUACCUGGCCACACCGGAGCUGUUCGCGUUUGAUUUAUGGACCGGACAACAAAUAUCCUUCCGCACUGCCCAGUCGGAACCGGUUGAUUCGUCGUACUUCGCAAAUAAUCGGUUUUGGCCUAUUCCCACCGAAGAUCUGGAUCCAGUUGCGCACACAGAUUGUACAUGCUAUCCGCACUGUCUCUACCAACUGUCCGUCCAAAGUCGACAACGUGCCUUAUCUCCCACGGAUACCUUGGCCGGGAUCCGAAAUCGUUGGCUGAUGCAUCGAUGUGGCGCCCUUCGAAAGGGUAGCGGUGAUACGGACCAGAUUCCGUGUUGGUCUCCAAUGCCAUUGAAAUACGUUUGUCGGGCUGCGAUUCGACGAUUAAUUGUGAAGAUACAUGGUAUGUGGUGA